UUCCCUGCCGCACCCGAGCUCGCAGCGCCAUGUCUUCGCCUGCGCUCCUCGGCCACGCCACAACGCUCACGCUCCCGACCACCGGCGCCUCCGCGCGCCUCCUUCGUCCUGACGCCCGGCUACUCCUUGUCCGCGGUUUAUCCAGUGCCGCCGCUGCGACGCCUCACGCCGCCGCAUCCCCGGGCCUCGCCUGCUCCCGCCACUCAUCCGUGGCUGCCGCCCCCUCCACCUCCCCACAACGCGCAGGCGGCGGCGGCAGCAGCGACCUCGUGGCGCUCACCCUCACCGCGGUUGCAGUAUCUGCAUGCUUGAUAUUCUUUGCAGCAAUUCGCUCUAUGCUGGCAUGUAAGAGGGAGGCAGAGUUUCUCGAGAAAUACUUUGAUUCAGCAAGAAAGAAACUACCUGAAUCUAUGGCUUCAUUGAGACUGGUUGGAAGGGAGCUUGGAGACUUGGCUGCGGAUCUUAGUGAUUUAAGUCAAGAAUUGACCAAGGGUGUAAGAAGUUCCAUGAGCAUUGUUCAUACUGCCGAUGCUCAACUUCGCCAGCGGAUACCCCCUGCCCUGCCAGGAUCCGCGCGGAGGAUGUCUAAUCAGAAGAACGUGGCAGAGGACCCAUUGCUGGCUAGCACCUUGAGAGAUCUGCGUGAGUUGAUUGCAGACAUCCGAUCAGGAUUAGGAGCAACGGCUGGCAUCGCCGGCCUUUUCAUGUGGGUCUCAAACUUUGGUUCAAAGCGCAGUAAGAAACGUUUAUAGUAUAAAAGAAUCUUGACGAUGAGGAUCUGUGUAAUAGAAUGUUGCUGUUUAGCAUUGGUAUUUCUUUUUUGAGUGGAGUUUAGCAUUGGGAUUCCGGUGUAGGCAAUAUCCAUCAAAAUUAACUGAGGCCCACAGUUUCGUCUGUAAAUUUUGGGCGCAUAGCAAAAGCUAAAUAUAGCUAGGCCCACAGUUUCCGACCGACUUUCCGCCCAGCAGCCUCCUACAAGCAGGCUCAUAAGAAUACAUUUCAUCAUUUUGCUUA